UCAGUUAAGCUGUGACCGUCGCGGUCUUCUCAUUGUCGUUCAAGUUCAUCAGUCUGACAUUCACGGACGACUUGAUCCGAGUUUUGUGCCAACUGUUAUUUUCGUGCAAUAAAACUUUGACGGGACAUUAGUCAUUUCUAUCAUGAGGUGGACGAUCAGUUGGGGUCUCCUUGCCUUCUUGGCGAUAGCGCUUUCGCCAUCUCUGAGAGUGGAAGCAUGCAGCUGCCAGUAUUCACAUCCUCAAACGCAUUUCUGCCGGGAUGAAUUCGUUAUUCUUGCCAGAGUAAUGAAGCACAUCCCAGGUGACAGUUACGAGACCGCCUACAGAGUGAAGAUCCACAAAAAGUUUAAGCUGAGUCCCGAUGCUGAGCGCGCUUUGAAGGAUAACCUGCUGUACACUGCAUCCAGCGAUGGAAUGUGCGGAGUAUCUCUACAACGGGGAUUGACGUACGUUAUCAGCGGUCACGUUAGCGAUGGAAAGCCGAGGUUCAAUCUCUGUGGACUCAACAUGCCGUGGCCGAAGGUUUCACCCAGGCAACGAAAGGGAUUCAGGAUGCUUUACCAUCGCAAUUGCGUCUGCAGCAUUCAAUACACGCCCUGGUACAACAAGGGUGCCGCCCUGGCUAACAGCGCGAGAAAACGAUGCCUGUGGGAAAGCAACCCUGGUCCUCAGGACUGCCAGGAGAAGCACGGACUGUGCAUGAAGGGGGCAGCCGGAUGUUCCUGGUUCCCGUCGGUCGCCUACAAGAACUGCAUCAAGGAGCACCAGCGUAAGAGAGAAGAACAGUGGGCGAGGGAGCCCUGAUCCCCGAUCGUCAAGCACGAGCUACGACAAUGCGUCCGCAAAACACGCGGUUCUUUCAUUUUUAAGUAUAAAUAUUUUAACUAAGAACUAACGCAUACGUAUUUAUUCACCCACCGCGCCGGCAUUAAACCGACUGUGUUUCAUCCAUGAAUCUUCGAAUCAACGUUAAAACCGGUAUGCAAGGAUGGACGUUGGACAUGCUUCCGUUCCCAGGAGGUAAUCCGGAUCUUAUACCCGUGCAGGCUCGUUUAUUUAUUUAUUUUAUUUUUAUUUUUUUGUUCUCUCUUUACUUUUAUUUGUACGACGAAUAUAUCGAAUGAAAGAGAUUACCGACUCGGAGUAGCUGCGAUGUUAUCGGAUUUUAUUAAGACUCAGGCUCAGAAUCAGCUGCCCAAGCCAGGCUGCAGGUAAUUGACGCGACGCGACGAUCAAUGACGGAGUCUUUUCUGGGCUUGAAUUGUACUGAUUGGGCACUACUGCACUUACCUAGAGUCAGAGUAUUUGGGAUGCGGAGGAUGGAUAUGCAAACGACGAAGCGACGGUAUGGAGAACACGGUCAGAUAAUAAUCAUACGCGAUCAAUAGAUUCUCGUCAAUUUGAACACGUAAAGAG